AUAUUAACAGUUCACAUUUUUUUUUUCUCUCUCUCUCUCUCGCUCUAGGGUUUCGAUCUUGCAACAAUGGGGGCGGUAUUGUUGUCGGAUCUUGGUACACAGAUAAUUAUUCCGGUGUGUUCGGCAAUCGGGAUUAUCUUCUCGUUGUUUCAGUGGUAUUUGGUGUCCCGCGUGAAGGUUUCGCCGGAUGGAAACGUCGGUAGUUCUCCGACGAACAAGAAGAACGGUUACAAUAAUGAUUAUCUGAUUGAGGAAGAGGAAAGCAUCAAUGAUCAUAAUGUCGUCCUUAAAUGUGCUGAAAUUCAGAAUGCCAUAUCUGAAGGCGCAACAUCAUUUCUGUAUACCGAAUACCAGUAUGUUGGGCUCUUCAUGAUUGCAUUUGCUGUCUUGAUAUUCCUUUUCUUGGGGUCUGUUGAGGGCUUUAGCACGAAGAGCCAACCUUGUACCUAUAAUAAGGGAAUGACUUGCAAGCCAGCACUGGCAACUGCCUUCUUCAGCACGGUUUCGUUCUUACUUGGUGCUAUAACCUCUCUCAUCUCUGGUUUCCUUGGAAUGAAGAUUGCGACCUAUGCUAAUGCAAGGACAACUCUAGAAGCAAGAAAAGGAGUUGGGAAAGCUUUCAUAACCGCCUUUAGGUCAGGGGCAGUAAUGGGUUUUCUUCUAGCUGCUAAUGGGCUGUUGGUCUUGUACAUUACAAUCAACGUGUUCAAGCUUUACUAUGGGGAUGACUGGGAAGGACUUUUUGAGGCUAUUACUGGUUAUGGUCUUGGUGGAUCAUCCAUGGCUUUAUUUGGCAGAGUUGGUGGAGGAAUCUACACCAAGGCUGCUGAUGUUGGUGCUGAUCUUGUAGGAAAGGUUGAAAGGAAUAUUCCAGAAGAUGAUCCAAGGAACCCAGCUGUUAUUGCUGACAAUGUUGGUGACAAUGUGGGAGAUAUUGCUGGAAUGGGAUCUGAUCUUUUUGGGUCAUAUGCAGAAUCAUCCUGUGCUGCACUUGUUGUGGCCUCUAUUUCAUCUUUUGGAAUCAACCAUGAUCUAACUGCUAUGUUUUAUCCCCUGCUCAUCAGCUCUGUGGGUAUUAUAGUUUGCUUGAUCACUACCCUUUUUGCAACGGACUUCUUUGAAAUCAAGGCUGUUAAGGAAAUUGAACCAGCAUUGAAGAAGCAGCUUAUUAUUUCAACUGUUCUCAUGACUGUGGGGAUUGCUAUAGUAAGCUGGAUUGCUCUUCCAUCCUCCUUCACUAUUUUCAAUUUUGGUACUCAGAAGGUCGUCAAGAAUUGGCAGCUUUUCCUGUGUGUGGCUGUUGGGCUCUGGGCUGGACUUAUAAUAGGCUUCGUGACAGAGUAUUAUACUAGCAAUGCAUAUAGCCCUGUGCAAGAUGUUGCUGAUUCGUGUCGAACUGGUGCUGCAACUAACGUAAUAUUUGGUCUUGCCUUGGGAUACAAGUCGGUGAUUGUACCAAUCUUUGCGAUUGCAUUUAGCAUAUUUGUAAGUUUCAGUUUUGCUGCCAUGUAUGGUAUUGCGGUAGCUGCACUUGGCAUGCUGAGCACGAUUGCGACUGGAUUGGCUAUUGAUGCAUAUGGUCCCAUCAGUGACAAUGCUGGUGGCAUUGCUGAGAUGGCGGGGAUGAGCCACAGGAUCCGUGAGAGAACAGAUGCUCUUGAUGCUGCAGGGAACACAACUGCUGCCAUUGGAAAGGGAUUUGCAAUUGGAUCAGCUGCAUUGGUGUCGUUGGCUUUGUUUGGUGCUUUUGUGAGCCGAGCAUCGAUCACAACGGUGGAUGUUUUGACUCCAAAAGUUUUCAUCGGGCUAUUGGUGGGUGCGAUGCUCCCUUACUGGUUCUCUGCGAUGACAAUGAAAAGUGUGGGAAGUGCUGCACUGAAGAUGGUUGAGGAGGUUAGGAGGCAAUUUAACACGAUUCCAGGUAUCAUGGAAGGUCUGACGAAGCCCGACUACGCGACAUGUGUCAAGAUCUCAACGGACGCGUCGAUAAAGGAGAUGAUACCACCUGGUGCCCUCGUGAUGCUUACGCCGCUCAUUGUUGGAACUUUCUUCGGUGUGGAGACUCUCUCUGGGGUGCUUGCAGGAGCUCUUGUGUCCGGAGUCCAGAUAGCAAUAUCAGCAUCGAACACGGGCGGAGCAUGGGAUAAUGCGAAGAAGUACAUUGAGGCCGGUGCAUCUGAGCAUGCUCGGUCGCUUGGGCCAAAAGGGUCGGAGUGUCACAAGGCAGCGGUUAUUGGGGACACAAUUGGGGACCCUUUGAAGGACACUUCAGGUCCAUCGCUAAACAUUCUUAUCAAGCUUAUGGCAGUUGAGUCACUCGUUUUUGCUCCCUUCUUUGCUACCCAUGGUGGUAUCCUUUUCAAGAUUUUCUAAACAGGUCAAUCCUUUUUCCUGUUAUUAUGAUUGUGUUCGAUUGAUUCCAUCAGACAAUGGGUUUUUUUAAGAGUUAGUUUGGUGGGUAGCAGUAGUACUAGUAGUAGUAUAAGAUGAUGAUGACGAUUCUUGGCAGGUUUUUGAUGAUCUUAAGGGAAUGUUGUUUAGUAGUUGUUGUAGUAGUAGUAAUGUUAUGUUGUUAAAACUUGAUUUAUUUGUUCUUGGGGAGUCUUGUCUCCAGAUAGAUUUGAUCUUUUUGUUCUCUUCA